GCCAUGACAUUUCGUGAAACUUGCAUCUUUGUGAUUCUCUUUGUAGCUUUAAGUGCAACGAGUCAACGAGUUUGUGAUCCAGUGUGCCAAGCUAAAGAACCCUUCAACUGCAAUGAUGCGAGAACUUUCAGUCGAACCAAUUUUCCUAGAAACUUCACUUUUGGUGCAGCAACUUCAGCAUAUCAAAUUGAAGGUGCUGCGCGUAGAGCGGUAAAUGGAUGGGACUACUAUACUCAUAGAUAUCCAGAAAGGGUUCCAGACCGCACUACGGGAGAUCUAGCAUGCAACUCCUAUGAGCUUUAUAAGGAGGAUGUUCAAUUACUGAAACGCUUGAAUGUUCAAGCUUACAGAUUCUCAAUAGCAUGGUCAAGGGUCUUGCCAAAGGGAAAGCUUAGUGGAGGAGUGGAUGAGAAUGGAAUAAAAUAUUACGACAAUCUCAUCAACGAACUCAAAUCAAAUGGUAUAGAACCAUUCGUGACAAUAUUCCAUUGGGAUGUCCCUCAAACUUUAGAAGACGAGUAUGACGGUUUUUUAAGCCGACGUAUAGUGGGUGAUUUCAAGGAUUACGCUGAGCUUCUCUUUCAAAGAUUUGGGGAUAGAGUGAAGUAUUGGAUCACAUUUAAUCAACCUUACACGUUCGCAAAUAGAGGUUAUGGAGAUGGAUCAUUUCCACCGGGGCGAUGCACAGGUUGUGAAUUCGGAGGAAACUCUGGUACAGAACCUUAUAUUGUUGGCUAUCACCAGCUUCUUGCUCAUGCUACAACUGUAUUAACAUAUCGACAAAAGUACAAGAGGUUACAAGGUGGAAAUAUUGGAAUAACCUUAAUUGGAAGAUGGUUUGUUCCUUUAAAUGAUGCAAGCGUUUCAGAUCAGAUGGCUGCGCGGCGCGCAUUUGAUUUCAUUGUUGGAUGGUUCUUGGAUCCUCUUGUGUAUGGAGAUUAUCCAAAGAUCAUGAAAGAUACUUUGGGUACAAGAUUGCCUAGAUUCACACUUUUGGAGUCUCAAUUAGUGAAAGGAUCCAUAGAUUUUCUUGGUUUAAAUUAUUACUUCACACAAUAUGCAACUGAUUCAUUACGACCCAUUUCGACACCACCCAACAUCCAAACUGAUAUAAGAGCCAAUUUUAGUACUUCUCGUGGUGGAAUUAUAAUUGGUGUUCAAAGUGCUAAUUUUGUGUAUUAUCCUCCUGGAUUUCGACAAAUUCUGAACUAUAUCAAAGAUAAUUACGCAAACCCACUUACCUACAUCACGGAGAAUGGAUUUUCUACUUUCGGGAAUCUCACACUUGCUGAAGCACUAGCAGACCAAGGACGAAUUGAAAGCCAUUGUAGUCAUUUGGCUUGCCUCAAGUGCGCAAUCGAGGAUGGAUGCAACGUAGCUGGGUAUUUUCCAUGGUCUUCGAUGGAUAAUUAUGAGUUCAGUCAAGGUUACACAAUCCGUUUUGGUAUGAAUUGGGUGAACUUCACUAAUCCAGCGGAUAGAAGAGAGAAAGAUUCAGCUAAAUGGUAUUCCAUGUUCAAUACGAACUGAAGAUAAUAUAUGAAACAUGCAUGAAGUGAUCGCCUAAAAAAGCUACUAUAUAUGUGUUACGUUGUAACAACAACUAAACGGACUUUCAUGUCCCCUAAAUAGAAAAAUAAAUUCGAAAUAUAUAUAUGAUGUUCUCUAUAA